AUGUCCCCCACCGCCCUCCCCAAGCGCGCCGUCAUCGCCCUCCCCUCGCAGCGUAUCGCCAUCGAGGGCGGCAUGUACGAAGGCCACGACUCGGGCCUGUUCAUCAUCGAGGCGCAGCACCCGUUCAACGUCCUCAAGGCCGCGGGGUACGAAGUGGCCUUUUCGUCGGAGAACGGCGAGUGGUACCCCGACUGGGUGAGCGAGCAGGCGCAGUUCCUCUCUGGCGCCGACUUGGCCGCAUACAACGACCUCUCGUCGCCCUUCCGCAAGGCGCUUGCUGCUAUCCGCCCGGCGUCUGAGCUCAAGAGCGCCGACUACGCCAUCUUCUUCGCGGCCGCCGGUCACGCGGCGCUGCUCGACUUUCCCACCGCGACCAACCUCCACCAGCUGGCGACGGAGAUCUACGCGCACGGCGGCGUCGUCGCGGCCGUCUGCCAGGGCGGCUGUAUCCUCGGCGGCAUUACCGACGCUGACGGCAAGAGCCUGAUCACGGGCCACGAGGUGACGGGCUUCACCGAGAUCGGCGAGCACCAGAUGGGCGUGUUCGACACCCUGCGCAGCUGGAACAAGCCCACCGUUCGCGACCUCGCCCAGCAGCUCGGCGGCACGUACGUCGCGCCUGCUGGCCCUUGGGAGGUGCUCGUCAUCCCCCAGGGCAGGCUCGUGACUGGCGCCAACCCCCAGUCGGCGGGCGCUGCUGCCGAGGCGGCCAUCAAGGCCCUCCACGCGUAG